AUGAGAAGAGGAAUUAGAGGGUUUCAUGGAGAACCCUCAAACCCAGCAAGAUCUACUAGAGGUUUCAUGGUUUCUUAUAGCACGAUCAUUGACAGCCUCUGCAAGGACUCACUAGUUGUUGAUGCACUGAACCUCUUCUCAGAAAUGGUUAGCAGAGGCAUUGAUCCAAACCUUGUUACUUACAACUCUUUGAUUCGAGGAGUUUGCAACGUAGGUCAGUGGGAAGAAGCUACGAGGCUGUUGAAUGAAAUGGCGAGGAUAAAUAUCUUUCCAAAUGUAGUCACCUUCAAUAUCUUGGUGGAUGAACUUUGUAAGGACGGGAUGGUGGUGAAAGCCAAAACUGUGGUUGAAAUAAUGAUAAAAAGUACUGAGCCUAAUGUGAUUACCUACAAUUCACUAAUGGAUGGUUAUUGUCUGCGGGGCGAAAUGGAUGAAGCAAGAAAAGUCUUUGAUCUGAUGCUCAGAAAUGCUUGCAUGGUUAAUGUUCAGAGUUGUAAUGUAUUGAUAAAUGGAUACUGCAAACAUAAAAAGAUUGAUCAGGCAAAGGAUGUUCUUCAGGAAAUGGUUCGUUUGGAACUUGUUCCGGAUACCGUUACUUACAGUACUCUUAUUGACGGUUUUAAUAAAGCUGGGAGAAUGCAAGAAGCAGAAAAGUUGCUCUCUGAGAUGCUAAGUUGUGGGCAACUUCCGAAUCUUCAUACUUAUGCCAUCUUGAUUGAUGGCUUAUGUAGAAACAAUCAACUUUCAGCGGCAUUGGAACUGCUUCGAAAGAUGGAAGACAACAAGUUGGAACUGAAUAUUGUAAUUUACAACAUCAUCAUUGAAGGUUUGUGCAAAGCUGGAAAACUUGAAUCCGCAACAGAUAUCUUUACUAGUUUGUCAUCAAAAGGAGUUCAGCCUGAUGUGAGGACAUGUACUGUGAUGAUUGAUGGACUCUGUAAUGGAGGCCUAUUGGUCGAAGCAGAAGAGUUGUUUAGAGAAAUGGGAACGAAAGGCUGUUCUCCAGAUAAUUGUACCUAUAACAUCCUCAUCCGUGGGUUUAUCAAUAACAACGAGAUAUCAAGGGCUGUGGAACUCAUUCAGGAAAUGACAGAUGGGUUCUCCGGAGAUGCAUCAACCCUGGAAUUGGUAAUCAAUUUGUUGUCUAAAGAAGACCCAGCUUUGUUGUCAUUUUUUGGAAGGUCCAUGAAGAAGAUGAAUUGA